GUUGUAUGCACACACGUUAGUUUUUAGGAAUACGUAACUGGAUGUUUCUCCUGUUCUGAAACAUGGCUGGCUCAGUUUAUGUAUUAGUGAAAUUUUGUGUAUAAAGACAUUAAAAGAAGCUGUCUUGAUCAGUAAACGUUUCAUUUACAGAGACAAUGACUUCAAUACAUUUUGUUGUACAUCCGUUGCCUGGAACGGACGAUCAAUUAAAUGAACGAUUGAAAGAAGUGGCAGAGAAGAUUAACAGAUAUGGAUUUGUAACAUCACCAGCGCUUAACGGUCUAAAGACCUCCGUUAAGCGACUAGUUGUAGGACCUACUCACAUUGCUCUUCUUAUGGAGGACAAUAGAAUUUGUCGAGUUGCAUUCACAGUUCUUUACGAUAGAUUGGAUUUAAGAAAAAAUGAACCUAACAGAAGUACCUCAAAAAGUCAAGUGGGAAAUUCAACUUCUACACCAAGCGGAAGCGGAAACACUGGGACUGGAAGUCGAGCGGGUAUAUCACGUUCUCGAGCAAGAAUAAUGCGAGGAAGUUCAGCAAUCAGAGGAGGAAGUAGUGGAAGUGGUAGUGGAAGUAGCGGAAGAAUAGGACCGCCGGGAGUAAUAAUGGGAGGCAGCAGCAGCAGCAGCAGUACGCGACCCAUCGUUUCUGUGCCAGCUCCUUUUGUUCCCGAUGAAUUGAUUGCCCAAGCCCAAGUAGUUUUGCAAGGUAAAAGUCGAAACAUCAUCAUGCGAGAGCUGCAGCGUACAAACUUGGACGUCAACUUGGCAGUUAACAAUUUAUUAUCCCGAGACGAUGAAGAAGGCGACGACGCGGAGGACGCUGCCGAUGGCUAUGUACCAGAAGACCUUAUAUCUCUUUUAGACGGUGGAUUUAGUAACGAGCACUCUGUCAUCAUCGACGCAGAUUCCAUGUUCUCGGAGGAUAUGUUUGGCUAUGGUGGAAUAAGAAAUCGCAGUAGUUCAUCAAGAAGGCUUGGGAGUGACAGGGACGGAGAACGUUCAACGGAACGGGAUAGGGACAGAGACAGUUUCAGUCGAUGGAGGGAUCGUCAGUAUUAUGGACCUCGGCGAUGGUUGGAAACUGCUUUGAAAGACUCCUGGGAGAAGGAUCCCGACAGCAAGAAAAAAGAAUUGGUCUCACAAAGUCCACUUUGGAUAUCUGAAGAAUUGGAGUGGUUCCACGAACGAAUUGGCGAAUCACCACCGAAAUUUGUACAAAUUGCAGCUCUCUACAGUGAAUUGAUAGGCGUGUCCUCGACUGGACAAUUGUAUCAAUGGAAAUGGGCAGACUCUGAACCAUAUAAGAAUCCUGAAAAUCCAAAUAUUCAUCAUCCUAAGACAAUAAAUUUAGGCCUUACGGGAGAAAAGAUUGUCAAUAUUUCGGCGACUGCGAUCCGCUGUUCCGUCAGUACAGAAAGUGGCAAAGUUGCCACCUGGUUAGACGAUUUGCUCGGUCCUGUUGCUUCUCGAUUAGAACACCCUGCACAAGCUUUCUCCGAAUUUAUUCUCGACAAGAUUAUAUCUCUUCACACUUGCGCACUAUAUACAGUCGCGAAACUCGAGAGUGGAUCUCUUUAUUGGUGGGGUGUCUUGCCUUUUGCUCAACGUAUGAAACUCUGGGAGAAAUACAAGGCGAAAUCUCGUAAACACAAGCCAUCCACAGCAUUGUCUGCCGAAAUCAGCUAUGGCACUCAUGUCUGCAUGAAGAACAGUCCCAUCUAUCAACCCGGAGCAAUUGGUUUCACUAUCGCCAAUGGCGUUCCCAAAGUUGGACAACUGCUGUCAGCUGUUUGGAAUUUGGAUGCUAUUUGCAGGUUCAAGAUCCUUCCCCCCGGCUCACUGGCAAGUGCAGUCUCAUCUGAGAAAAGGGAAACCAAUGGCAACAACACAAAUAGUGGUUCCAGCAAUAAGACCAUUCACAAGGAAACUGCCGAUCGACUGGACAUGCCUCCUCCUCCGUCACCGGCAUCGAGCACCUGCAGUGAUACUGGAAGCAUUACAACGAGCCACAAGCGCCAAAAGAAAAUGGCUCCGAAAAGCGAAAGCGAGCCAGACAGGAAAGACGAGGAGGACUGGCAUUUGAAAGAAGUUGUCUUUGUUGAGGACGUGAAAACUGUUCCUAUUGGAAAAGUGAUUAAAGUUGAUGGAUGCUAUGUAGCUGUGAAAUUUUUCUCCAAGGAUUCCAAAGAGAAGGAGAAAGAGAGCAAGGACAAAGAUUUCAGUACCGCCGAUUUCAAGGACCUAACAGCUGAAGAAUUAAUUAAGCUUCUCGCGGACUGCAGACUCCUCAGAAAGGAUGAAUUGCAAGUGAUUAAACCUUCGAUGAACUCUCGAGCUCCAGAUUGCUUUCAGAGAACACCCAGACGAGUCAACAUUCCAGAAAGUUCAAACGAAAAUCUUCUCACUAUCGCAAUUGACGGACAAGGUAUUCACGCGAUCGUUAAGAAUGGAUUAAAGCUCACUUAUGUCAUCUACAAUUUAAGCACCGGCAGAUACGUUCAAGAUUGCUAUAUUCCCUCGGACUUGAAUGCAUUUUUGGGUUUGCAACCUCAGAAUAUUAGUUUGACCAGCGCCGGUGAAAAUACCGAGUGCUCGAUGAUACUUCGCGACGGCAACAACACCAUCUACCCGAUUGCGAAAGACUGUGCGGACGCGAUUCGUGAUUCCAAUUGGCUUGAUUUGACGCCUAUUUUGUGUAUUGGUGCUUCCACUAUUCCACUGCCGAAUAUUCCUUCAAUCAAUUUGAAGAAUCAGGUCGCAGUUAUUGCCCUUGCAUUUGAUAAUCUCAUGUUGAUGCCCCGAAUUCUCAGGUGUGAUUACGACGGCGUGAAGCAAAUCUUCGCCACUUUGGAACAGGACUCAAAAGGAUGCUCGACCCAGAUUCAAGCCAUUUUAACCGAACGUUGCGAUGGUAAUAGGAAUAUUCUUCACGCCUGUGUCAACAUGUGCUCACCCACUUCGAACAAGGAAAACGAUCAAGGAAUCGAAAGAGACUUGGUAACGAAUGCAGUCGACGCCAGUUCCGCUCCAAUCGAGGAACCUAUUCCGACCUUGAAUUGGCCUCCUGAAGCUUUCGACAACACAUCCGGUGAGGAGGACAGUCUCUUGAGUAUCGGCACUGCCAGCAUUUCAAUGAUGAACAAAUCGGGCAACAACGCCGCAAACAAUACCUACAUCAUCGAUUCGGUUGAGAGGCGAAACAAUGCACUCCUCAUUCUAAAGUACAUGUGUGACAAUCCUGUUUUGGCGCAAAAUUUGAAGGAACUGCUCUCAGCGAGAGACGCUCAAGGUCAGACACCAUUGAUGCUCGCAGUUUCUGCUCGCGCUUAUCACGCUGCGCUCAUUUUACUCGACACCAUUCAAAGAGUCAAUAGAGACGGUAAAGACAGCUCGCCUAUGAUUCUUCCUCCAGAUUCCAAUCCUGAUUUGUCUCCUUUGUUCGUCACUUGCUGCAAUGACACAUGCAGCUUCACGUGGACCGGUGCUGAUCACAUAAAUCAGGAUAUUUUUGAAUGCAGAACAUGUGGGCUGACUGGCUCCUUGUGCUGUUGUACAGAGUGCGCUCGUGUUUGUCACAGAGGACACGAUUGCAAAUUGAAGAAAACUUCUCCAACCGCUUACUGUGAUUGUUGGGAGAAAUGUAAGUGCAAAGCUUUAAUUUCUGGCUUGCAAGGAGCGCGUUACGAUCUUCUCUGUCGCUUAGUGACAAGUACCGAUUUAGCCACCAAGAUUAAUUCGAGGGGAGAAAGUAUUUUACUGUUCCUCGUGCAAACUGUCGGUAGACAGUCAAUUGAGCAGCGUCAAUUCAGAUCGACCCCAAGACAACGGCCAACUUCCGCCAGUCGGAAGACAACUUCGGCUGAUGGCAUUGGUGCUGAAGCAGACAUGCCUGAUCACGAUUUGGAACCUCCGCGAUUCAGCAGAAGAGCUCUUGAAAGACUGUUGAACGAUUGGCCAGCAGUUCAGUGUAUGAUAAUGUCAGGCGUUCAUGAAAAUCCGAUUGACCAAUUGUUUGGAGACCAAGGAAAUGGAAGUCGUCAAAGUGGAACUGCAUUGCUCGAUAAAUUCACUCAUUCCUUGAUUGUUAAGUGUAGUUGUGAAAUGUUGGAUACGCUACUGACAACUUUGAUUCGUGAAUUGCAAAACGAAUCAGUGCCAGGUCGACAAGAAGAAGCAACGAAUGUUGCCAGACGGUUUGUAAGAUCAGUCUCGAGAAUAUUUGUUAUAUUCACGAUAGAAAUGGCCCCGAACACCAACAAGAGAAGAAACACUUCAACCAAAUCGACAACUUCGAAUACAACGCAAACUUCACAGCCUUUGCUCAAGUGUCGUAGAAUCUUUCAAGCUUUAAUUAAAUUAGCGGUGGAGGAAUUGUGCGAAACUGCCGAUUCUCUGAUUGCUCCUGUUAGAUUGGGAGUUUCUCGUCCCACUGCACCAUUCACUCUUACGAGCUCUGCCAUUGAAGUUAUUAACGGAUCGGAAGAAUUGUUUUCAAUAGAGCCACUAAUUCCUCAUAAUGGAAUAAGUCCUCAGAUUUUAGAGGCGGGAUUACAGGCGCAGCCGGGAAACAGUAAUAUUGCAAUUGCAAGAGAUGUCUCUGCAAUGGACGAGACUGAAGGAGGCGAGGAAGUUCCAAUGGACAUUGAUGGCGAUGUGAGUGAACAUGAGGAAUCAGGUAUCUCUGGAGCAGGUGUCUCUGGACAAGCUCUUGGCGAGGUGGACAAUAAUGUUGGCGGAGUGGGAGAGGAACAAGCAGGCGAUGGAGAAUCUGAUGCCGAAUUGGAUCUUCUUGCUGAGGCUGAGGCUGAAACAGAUUCUGAUUCUGAUGACAAUCACAGCAAUCAAGAUGCUGCUUCUGCACAACGUAGUGUACAAACUGGAGCAACUGCGGGUUCUGAUGGCGGUAUGGGAUCUAUUUUGCUUUUCCCUGAAGUUGAAUCUGGUGAAUCGAGUCAACAAGAAGAUGACGAGAGUGAAGCUGGAGAAACUGAUGAGCAGGACAAUGAUGAAUUUCAAAUUGGUGAUGAACAACUAGAACGCCGAAGUGGUACAUCGGGCAAUUUACAAAGAAACAAUUUGGCUCCCAUUUCGAUGCAAUGGGCAAUAAGAAAUCGGGAAUCGAGUACUCGCACUGCUGGCUUAAGGGUAACUGGCGGAAGUAAUUUAGUCUUCAUAGAUCCAUCAUCGUUGAGACGAUCUUCUACAGCUUCGACAGUUGCAGCAGCUCAAGAACCUAUAACUAUGGGAACAACUGCAAGUUGUUUAGCAAGAGCCUUUGGAAUCGUUAUUAGACAAAUAGCUGAUCUCUUGACGCUGAUGCAUGACUACAAACUUAAUGCUCCAUCUCUUCCAAGACUUAUGGAAAUUACUUAUCAAGAUGCUAUUAACUUGCAAAUAUAUCUGGAAAGUCAUCUAAAGCCAACAUGGGAUUGGCUGUUGACUGUGAUGGACGCUACAGAAGCCCAGUUGCGAUUUGGAGUAUCGCUGACACGAAGUGCCGACCCAUCUCAUCCUGAACAUCCUCUAAACAAUGCGCCAUCACUUUCUGGGGGAAACUUUUCAGGCUUGUUUAAUUCCGCUGCUGUGUCUCUAACACUUCAAGGCAAUUCCAAUCGCAAUCAACGCAGCGGCAUUACUGCUAGCUCGAAUAUUUCCUCGUCUCAAGGAUCGACGAGACUCACUGUUGGUUUCACUGGUGUUGGUGAUCCUCCUAGAACCAACAGAGAUCGCGAAGGAGGAGACGCACAUUCAUCGAGGCGAGAAUUUUUGUCCUAUUGUCUGUCAUUGAUGAGAGCACACAACGGAGAACAUAGGGACAGUCUUCCUGUCUUGGAUGUUUCUGCUCUUCGACAUGUUGCUUAUGUUUUUGACGCUCUUGUUUACUACAUGCGUUCUCUCUCGGAUCCAAGAGGGGACGCCCAGAAGGAUUCUUCGUCAUUUUCGACGUGGAAUGAUCAGGACGAGAACGAAAAUGAAGAAGGGGAGGAUGAUACUUUGCCAGGAAACGCUGCAAUGGAAUCCGAUCCAGUGGAAUAUCCAGAUUUAUUGCAGGUUCCAGUUUGUGGAACGGGAAGUAGUAUUAGUCAAGCGGGAAAAGGGAGAAAGCAUCCUUUCUUGCAAAGAUCAGACUCAACAUUGUGUCUCGGUUGUCCGCCAAUCGAUCCAUUCGAUACAGUUAUAAGUGAGGCAUUACCACUAGCUGAUCAGCCGCAUCUACUGCAGCCACACUCGAGACGCGAGGAUCUGUUCGGUGUUCCAAGACAACCUCUGGUGUCGAAUCCAAACUCUAAUCAAAAUACACUUGAGGGUUUACCUACCCGACUCGGUCUCUCGACUCGCAGUAUUGAUAAUCAAAAUACCGGCGCAACUCUAACCUUGAGUCAGAUUAUUCAGGGACCUGGCUCCAGUACUGUGUCUGACAAUCGACGCAAUUCAUUAAACACAAGUGAACCCGGUUCGAGUAAAUGCACGGACAAAUCAAAAAUUUUAAAUUCCACUGCUGAUGGACAAUCACCAGUGGCAAGUGAACAACUUGACAGAGCUCCAAUUAUUGUAUCGCCAAAUAGUCAAGGUGAUGCUGCUGCUGCUGCUGCACCGAGUGGAAAGAGUAAAGACGCUUGUAAAAAUGGCAGAAGUGUCAUUGUUAGAGCAGGAACUGUAUCGGAAUCAAAUGUAAAUAAAGUUGGUGCGCCUGAUGUUCUUGUGGUAUUAGCCAUGGAGGCGCAAAAUGUCACAGAGGAAGUUGAUCCCACGGCAUCGAGUCAUGAAAUUUCGGCGCAUGAAACUGUCGAAACAAGUCCUAUAGAAACAACUAAAACAGUGUCAACAAUUGGUACGAAUAUUUCACACAACAUUUUACUUGGACGCUGGAGACUCUCGCUCGAUUUGUUUGGAAGAGUUUUUAUGGAAGAUGUUGGACUUGAAGCAGGAUCUGUUGUAUCAGAAUUAGGCGGCUUUCCUGUCAAGGAAGCUAAAUUCCGUAGAGAUAUGGAGAAACUAAAAAAUUCUCAACAAAAAGACAUUACUCUUUCAAAGGUUGAACGUGAUAGAACGCAGUUGCUGGUCCAAACGAUGAAGGAAUUAAAUACACAAUAUAACCUUUACAACAGAAGAGCCACGAAUACACCUCCUUUAGCGGUAAAUCGAGUUAAAGUAACAUUUAAAGACGAACCAGGAGAGGGUUCUGGAGUUGCUCGAGGGUUUUACACUGCGAUUGCUGAGGCGUUAUUGGCAAAUGAAAAACUUCCAAAUCUCGAAGCUGCACAAGUUGGAACUAAAUAUACGCAGUAUAAUGUUUUACAAAAAUUAAAGAGCAGAGAUCGCGAUCAUAAUCUUAGAAGACAGACUUCACGAUCUUCUGGGAAGUGUAGGGAAACACGAAGAGCUUUGUCAUUUGACGCUCGAUCCUUUCAUCCAUCGAGUGCAGUUGAAGGUGCUAGUGGAUCCGGCACUGGUGGUUCAUCGGCAAAUUCUCAUUCGACAACUGCAAACCAUUUAAGCAAUGAUCAUCUAACGAUGCAUCAACAACAGUUGGGAGAUAGACUCUACCCCAAGGUGCAAACAUUGAGACCUACGUUAGCAGAAAAAAUAACUGGAAUGUUGUUGGAACUUUCACCGGCGCAAUUAUUAAUGUUACUCGCGACGGAAGAGGCUCUAAGGCAAAAAGUGGACGAAGCGUUUGAGUUGAUUCAUAGUCACAGUCAGGAUCUUGCUAAUGAGGCACUUUUAGAUUUAGACGUUUUUAGUUUAACUGAACGCUGCGGAAGCAGCAAAAAGAAAAGCAUGGAAAGUAUAUUCUUAGACGAUACAGAAGAUAAUGCUCCUCUAUUUUAUUCUCCGGGGAAGAGAGGUUUUUACACACCUAGGCAAGGUAGAGCUAGUUAUGAACGAUUAAAUGCUUUCAGAAAUGUAGGAAGGCUUAUUGGAUUAUGUCUUUUACAAAAUGAAUUGUGUCCAAUAUUCUUGAAUCGACACGUAAUCAAAUAUAUAUUGGGUAGACCUAUUCGGUUCCAUGAUCUUGCAUUUUUUGAUUCUGUAAUUUACGAAAGUCUAAGGCAACUAGUGAUUGAUGCAGAAACUAAGGAUAGUAACAGUUUAUUCUCAGCACUGGAGCUCACGUUCAGCAUUGACCUGUGCCAAGAAGAAGGAGGAGGCUCAAUCGAGUUAGUACCCAAUGGUCGAGACAUUGAAGUAACAGGAACCAACGUUUAUGAUUAUGUGCGAAAGUACGCAGAAGUGAGAAUGAUUAAAGUGCAGGAGAAAGCUCUGGAUUCGAUGAGGGAUGGCGUCUUUGAUGUUCUUCCGGAAGGCGCAUUGGAUGGUCUAACUUCUGAAGAUUUGAGACUUUUACUGAAUGGCGUUGGUGAUAUAAAUGUCUCCGUUCUAAUAUCCUAUACUUCAUUUAAUGAUGAAUCUGGAGAAUCAACAGAGCGGCUCGUCAAAUUUAAACGAUGGCUUUGGUCUAUUGUGGAGAAAAUGUCUCACGUUGAACGACAAGACUUAGUAUACUUUUGGACUGGAUCCCCAGCGUUGCCUGCAAGUGAAGGUGGUUUUCAACCAAUGCCAAGUGUGACAAUCCGACCUGCUGAUGACAUGCACCUACCAACUGCAAACACUUGCAUCUCUCGACUUUACGUUCCACUGUACAGCUCACGACACGUGCUACGUCACAAAUUACUUCUCGCCAUAAAGGCAAAGAACUUUGGAUUCGUAUGAACUUUGUUCUCUGUAUACUUGCGAUAGUCCUUAAAGGAAACCGCAAUAAGCAUUAUAACAUAUAUUAUGAAAAGAAAAUGCAAAAUAUGUUGUUAUUUUCCUUUUUCUCCUAGAAAAAUUUAUAACAUUUAUAAAUUUGUAAGGUGUAAUUAUAAUAUUUCAUUAUUUCGAUCAAGGAAAUUGGUCUUCGUCUUAAUAAGAUUUUAUGUUAAUGUGUCAUAUUUAGCCUUUAUAGAAAAGAAAAACGAAUAAAUCUUUCUCAACUAUUAUAAAUUGUUACGGACAUUCAAAUGUUUCGACAUUUCAUUCACCCAAAAAAUGGAGAAAAUAAGCUUUUUCAGUUUUAAAAAGAUUAUCAUUAUUAUAAUUAUAAAAAAAAGAAUAAACUUUGUAAAUGUUGAAUCAUCGAAACAAAAAUCAAUCACACAAAUGAAAUCUGUAGGAAAAUUUACAUCGUAAGUGAAAAAUAAAUCCCAACAGUUGGUAAAUUUUAGAAACAGUAAUAAAAAAAUUGAGAAAAAUCUCA